AAAUCCUCAUUUCCAAUCAAAACAUAUCAUAUUAUUGAACUAUAAUUAUGGAUGCAUUAUUAAUGUUGCAGCUGGUAAAAGGUGAUCUCAUUUUAACUACCUUAUACAGUAUACAUACUGCUGAGUAGCUUGGGAAUUUUUCACCAGGGAUCUAUAAAUUAUUAUGCUUAUAAUGUAUUUUGUCUGAGUGAUGCGUAACUUGUGGGUUCAUGGGUGUUAACGACUUGAAGAUGCAAUACCACGCCUGUCCUACAGGUGUCAGUGCAGGCAGCUAGGAUGUAAACACUGAGCAGCGGAUAAAUGACAGUGGCUAACAUUAGUACAAAGGAACCUGGAUAUUUCAUUUAGAGGAAACGAUUUCGUUCAUCAUUCUUCCGCUCUAUUAUUAUAUUAGGUUUACCUGUACAUGAUAAGAUUAUGGUCAUCCAGGAACAAAAUUAGCGCGCUAACUGUGAGACCAAGCUAACUAGCCUAGGUUCAGAAGACAUGAAUUCCCUGGUUGGCUACAGAGUGUCCUCGGAGUCUGACAGCGAUGGAGAUGUCGAGGAUAUAAGCAACAGAGGAGAUGGUUUUGUCAGCGAGGUGGGUGAUGAGGCGACAGCUGUCAAAAAGACCCGGAACUUCUUGUUGGAGUCUGGUUCAGCUUCCAGUGAUUCGGGCAGUGAAUCAGACCCAGAGGAAAAGAACCCAGACCCCGCUUCAUCACCACCACUGUAUUCACAAACAGCAGCACCAGCACCUUCUGCAGCCUGCGAGCCCACCGUGCCCGCGCCUUCCCUGGGUUCCCUCACAUCGAGUAAACUACCUCCGCCUCCUCUAAAUGCCCGCUCUGACAGCAGUGUGUUUACCAACCCUUUCAAGGCUCAGGCAGACAAGAAGCUCAGCACCUUACAGAAACAUGUCCCACUCACAAUGGAGGCCAAACCCUCCCAGAUAGGAGGGAAAAGGAUGUGUGUGUCAUACAGGAAAGACGGAAGGUGUAGGUUUGGGAUCAAAUGCAAGUUUGCUCAUGACAGUGACCUCCAGACCCCAGCCACUGCCACUGACUGUCAUUCAUCUGUGAGUGAUGAAGCACCAGUGUCAGAACAUGCUGAGGCCUACGCAGGUGGUUCAUGUGGUGGAGGAUCCCAGAACCUCACACAGGAGGAAAAGUCAGAAGGGCAGCAAGUGAAGAAGAGGAGGCCUGGACUUAGUAACACUCUGAUCCCCCCUAAACGAGCUAUGAAGCAGUACGCCAUGCAAAGGGACAGAGAGCGGCUCAAUAUGUCCUGAUAGAUGUUUUCUGAGUUAUGACACUGUGAUGUCCUGUAGCAGUAGGAUUGAAACAUGAUCUCAGUGUUUGUAGGAACUGUUUACUCUGUAGGCUCAUUAAUAACUCAGGCCUAGUUACAUCUAACAGGACAAUUAUUUAAAACAGUGUAUAUUUUUGUUCUGCAUGCAUCAAAAGCCAUUUGUAGUGUGGACAUGAGGAGCUGGGGGUUGAACCACCAAUUGUACUAUUAAUGGCUACCCCAGUUACUGCAUAUAGAAAAAUAAUUAAUACUUUGGGUUUUCCCAAAAAAUGUUGCCAAACUUUCAAUGAGAACACUUGGGACAAAUGUUAAGACAUUUAUUUACAUCAUAUACUGUAAAUGAACAGUUUUUGUGUUUGCUCUACACACGUCCUACAUCACAAAUCAGAGGUGCUGAUUUAGUACUGAUAUGUUACAAAGCUUCACUUAUCAAAUCAUGAUUGAAAAGCUAUUCUGUGACCAAAUGUGUGACUAUGCUUGCAGUUAUUUGGGGGGGGGGUUUAUGUGAGAUUUAAAAAGUCCAAGGUCACAUUUUAUCUGUCUAUAAUGACCUCAGGCAUUUGUGAGUAAUACAUAAAUUAUAUGGAUUAAUAGUCUUUCAAAGCCAACCAAGAGCAAAGCUUUAACAGCUGCACACAUAUCACUGAACAGGUUUAAUGGCACUGCCAAGAACUUUCAACAGGCCUGUCUUAACACCUUUUUCCUCUCUACGAUUUCUAGGUUUUGAAAUGUUUUCCAUGUACUUUAAAUUGUUUUCAGUUGUAUUUGUCUUUUAACCCUUGUCAAGUAAAUGUUUUAAAGGAGAUCUGGACAAAGAUAACUAUCUAUUCAUUCAUUCAGCUUUUAUAUUGGAAUCUGUCUAUAGCUUUCUAAUGUGUUUAACUCAUUACAUAAAUUUAUUUGAUUUAUUUAGGUAGCAACUAUUGCUGCCACACACUUGGCAU